AUGGUGCGAACGAAGAGUAAUUUGGGAGCAAAGGCGACGAGAAUGCUUGACUAUAUAAACCACAUUAUUCGAGUUGAGUUAUUGGAUGGCCGAAGCUUUAUAGGUCAAUUUUUGGCUUAUGAUGCUUCAAUGAACGUAGUUCUUUCCCGUGCUCGCGAAGUCGUUACAAAGGGAAUCAAGAAGGAUCUUCCUCCACUUCCAAAUUUACCAGGAGAAGAUGCUACCAUUGAACGAAACCGUGGAUUAGUGGUAAUUCGUGGUUGUAUGAUCGUUUCUAUCCACAUCUGUGGUCCUCCACCGAAAGAUGACAACACAAUCCCGAAGCAGUUCAUGCUCGCCAAUACCCAGAAGUACAUUAUGGACUAUCGUUUCUUUCUUUUGCCUUUUUAA